UAGAUUUUCGAUCAAGCAACUUGACCGUUAUAGUUUUCCUCCUAAUUUUAGUUUUGGUGUUGGUUCUUCAGCUUAUCAGUAUGAAGGUGCAGUCGCGGAAGGAGGGAGGACGCAGAGCAUUUGGGACAACUUCACACAUGCAUAUCCAGGUGUACAUUUAAUCUAAUUCCUUUACUUUUUCACCAAAAUAUCAAUCAAUAUUAACAUUCUAUGGUUUCCUGGGAGUUUUAAUUACAAAUAUAUCUUCGAACAUGGUUCUAAACUGUGGAAUAUUUUUGCUUUUAUAAAUUGUACGUGACACGGUAAAUUAAACUUGCAGAAAGGACAAAUAUGGACAAUGGAGACAUAGCCGUUGAUUUUUAUCAUCGAUAUAAGGAUGACAUCAAGUUGAUCAAGCAAAUGAAUAUGGAUACUUUUAGAUUUUCCAUCUCUUGGUCAAGAAUACUACCAAGUGGGAAACUAAGCGAUGGGGUAAACAACGAAGGAAUUCAAUUCUAUAAAAACCUCAUUGAUGAAAUCCUCAAAAACGGCAUAAAACCUUUUGUAACCAUCUACCAUUGGGAUAUCCCUCAAGCUUUGGACGAUGAGUACGGUGGAUUUUUAAGCCCUCGAAUCAUUGAUGAUUUCCGGAACUUUGCAAAAGUCUGCUUUCAAGAAUUCGGUGACAAGGUCGAUAUGUGGAUAACAUUCAACGAGCCUUAUAUUUAUAGUGUUGCGGGUUAUGACAAGGGCAACAAAGCAAUGGGACGAUGCUCAAAAUGGGUAAACAGCUUAUGCGUGGCUGGUGAUUCAAGCACCGAACCUUAUAUAGUUUCUCAUCAUCUUCUUCUAGCUCAUGCUGCAGCUGUUGAAGAGUUUAGAAAUUGUGACAAGAUCUCCCAAGAUGGAAAAAUAGGCAUAGUGUUAUCACCAUUUUGGGUCGAACCUUAUGAUGUUAAUUCCCAUGCUGAUAAAGAAGCAGUUGAACGAGCUCUUGACUACUACCUUGGUUGGCAUCUUGAUCCUCUAGUCUUCGGGGACUAUCCAAAAGCAAUUAAAAGAAACGCUGGAAAAAGAUUGCCUUCGUUCACCAGAAAACAGACUGAAAUGAUAAGAAACUCGUUUGAUUUUAUUGGAAUAAACUACUACAGUGCUCGAUAUGUCACACGCCAACUUCAGAGAGACCCUUCACGACUUCGUUUCACCACCGAUCAACACGUGGAGUACAAAGUGACAAAUCGUGACGGCGACUACAUUUCCUCAGAAUCGGAUGAACUCAAAUUUAUCUAUGUAUAUCCCGAGGGCCUACGAAAGCUUCUAAAUCAUAUUAAAAAUAAAUACAACAACCCAACUAUCUACAUAACUGAAAACGGAUAUGAUGACUACGAUGUUGGGACAGUUCCACGUGCUCAACUAUUAAAGGACACGAAGAGAAUACAGUACCACGAGAAACAUUUUCAAGAACUACAUAAAGCCAUCACCGAGGAUGGGUGUGACGUUAGAGGCUAUUCCGCAUGGUCGUUGUUGGAUAACUUCGAAUGGGAACAUGGAUACACGAUGAGAUUUGGUCUAUACUACGUUGAUUAUGCAGAUGGUCUAAAACGAUAUGCUAAAGAUUCAGCCAAGUGGUUCAAAAAGUUCCUGGAGAGAAAGGAGAAAGUAACAUCGUUGGGUCUGUUUAGUAGCAUCAAGAAAUGGUGGUCUGCGUUGCAGAUUGUCUAACUUCUUUGAAGAAUGAAUCAAAGCAUGAUAAACAAACAACUAGAGUCCUUGUUCUAUAGGAAAUUAUAUAUACAUGUUUGUAGCGUACACAAUCAUUCUUUUACAAAGUAAAUUGUAAAUUUUGCAGAAGUGCUCUAGAAACAGUAAAUAUUGGAUGUACGUAUGAAUAUACUCACACAAUCA